CCCAUCCAUAUUCUUUUCCAACAAACAACCACCCUGUCUCCCCUAGCAGUUCGAUACUUUGCUCGUACGCUUUCCCGUCGAGUUUCCUCCCACCAACCCUUGUGCCGCCAUUCUGUUGGAAUACAAAGGACCAUGGCAUCACUUGUUCUCUCCGUCUCUCCAUCAGACGUUACCCUCCCCCUUAUCCUCUCGUCGUACAAGUCACUUCCAAUUACUAUUUCCACCGAGGAAACGCCCGCCGUUUCUCACCUGACCCUACCAAACAAUGAGGCCGUUGCCGGAACUAACACCAUUGUUUCACAUCUCUCUACCCUAAUCCCGUUGUUUGCAAACACAACUUACACCGACAUCGAGUCUGCAGAAAUCAAUCAAUGGCUGACUCUAACGUCUGCUACCCCUGUUCUUGAGGAGACCAUCGCUCAGUUGAACGGGAACCUGAAAUUUCGUACCACCAUUCUCGGCGAGAAGCUGUCAAUUGCUGAUGUGGCCGUUUACGCCCGGAUCAAGGGUCAGGUAGCUUCAUGGAGUGACGAGCAGAAGACGGGUGAAAAGGGCUAUAGGUAUAUUAUUCGUUGGGUUGACUUUGUUCAGAACACUCCGGAUUUGGGGCUGCAAAUUCCCCCGGAGGAGAAGGUUGCUGUGGAUCCUAGCAAGGUGCUGGUUUACCUGAAGCCCGAGGAGCUUGUCAAGGAAAAGAAGAAAGAGGGAGCUGCGGAUGGUGAGGGCUCAAAGAAAAAGGGGAAGGGUAGGGUGGCUGUGGGGGAGGUUAAGGAGGAGGCUGAAAAGGUUAAGGAGGGUGUCAAGGACGCAGCAGGAAAGGCUACUGCUGUGGUGGCUAGCGAAGGCAAGCAAUGCAAGAGGGAAAAGAGAGAGAAACCGAAGAGGGAGGCUCAUAAGAAAGAAGAGCCGGUUAUUUCUCCUUCUCAAAUUGACCUCCGCGUUGGGCACAUCCUUUAUUGCGUGCCUCAUCCAAACGCCGACUCGCUGUUCGUUUCUACAAUCUCAAUGGGCGAUCCCGAGGGCUCUCCUCUUGUGACCCCCCAUUCUGAGCUUUCCCUCCCGAACAUAGUUAUCGCAAAAUUUACCCCCCUUCCAACUGUCCGCACAGUCUGUUCUGGUUUGAACGGUCUUGUCCCGAUCGAGGAGAUGCAAGACCGUAGGGUCGUUGUUGUCGCAAACCUCAAGCCCGUGACGAUGCGUGGAAUUAAGUCCGCAGCCAUGGUGCUCGCAGCCUCACCCGCACCCGUUCCGGAUGGGGACCCAACUGCACACAAGAAAGAGGCCGUGGAGCUUGUAGCACCGCCUAAGGGUGCUAUUGCCGGUGAGAGGGUAUUCUUUGAAGGAUAUAAGGCCGAGCCAGAAGCAGUAUUGAACCCCAAGAAGAAGAUUUGGGAGCAGAUACAGCCCGGCUUUGCUACUACAUCUGAUUUGGAUGUAGUCUUUGACAGGGAGAAAGUAGGAUGGACCGGCGACGAAGCGCAGGGUAAAGCCCCGGGAGAAGGCCCGAUAGGCAGGUUGGUUACGGAGAGUGGUGGUGUCUGCAAGGUUAAAUCUCUAGUUGGCGCUGUUGUUAGGUAGAUACUGUUUGUCGUGGGAUUUGUUUUCCCCUUAGAGGUUGAAACUAGCUUGCUUGAUUUUAUGCUUUAGUGGGUGUACCUUGUUGUAACAUGGAAUCAUACUGCAGGCUUUAUCUGAUGGUUACAAAAAAA